AUGGAUUUGCUUAAGAGCUUAAAGAACGAUUUAAAGACUCUAAAGCUAAACAGCAUCCAGCAUUUUCAACAGCUGAAAAACAACCCUUAUGCUCAAGCUUCAUUUGAUUCCUUACUAGCUGCUAUCCAAAAUAAAAUAAUUGACCGUAAUAGAGAAUUAGUCAAAAUCUGUUUGGAAAAACAAAAAGAAAUUGAAGUUCUGAAAGAAAAAGUGCAAAGCACAAAAGAAACUUAUUAUAAGCAUUGCAAAGUUUUGAUUAAUACUGCAGAUAGCUUGGAAUCAAAAAUAGAAUCAGCUCAGUGCUCUCUUGACGUUGCUAAGUCUUGCAGUAACUUUUAAUCAGGAAAAAUCCCUGUCAAAGAGCUGCUUUUAUACGCCCACCGUAUUAGUGGUACCGUAAGUGCUCCUACAAACUGAAAUAACCGAGAACCGCAGCCAGUCGCUUUUAGAGUUCCAGUCCCUGAGGAGCACGAAAUCAGAGCUUCAACAUUAUUUUAUACAGACAAUAAAGAAAGAACCCAAAAGCCAAUAAUCCGAAUAACCACCCUUCAAGAGUGCUAUUUAGUCACCAUUUCUUGUAGUCAACCAAAUGCGGUUAUUAGAUAUACACUUGAUAUAGCAUUUUCCCUUAAAUUUCCCAUUAUUUAUAAUAUUUAUCAAACAUUUUAACCUUUUCAGGGUGAAAAUCUAUAACUCUUUGCCAUCAGUUUUGACUGGAAAAAAGUAUGAUGCUCCUUUUGAUGUUUCUAUUGAUGCUGAUUUUUGUGUAAAAGCUGUGGCUGUCAUUCCCGGGCUGAGGGAAAGCGAGAUUGCAAGCUCAUCUGUACAAGAUACGCUAUUUCAAAUACCUACCAGAACUGAUAUAGCGGAGCGACCUGUACACACAGUAAUAACUACUGAAAAGCUGAAUUUAGGGAUGGACUUGUCACCAUUUUCGUCUUCAAGACAGUCAAGUGACGAUGAAAAUGACUACUCAUCAAUGUUUAGCUUUACUAGGUAG